ACUAAUAAUAACUAAGAAAACAACUUGAUGAACUGAAAGUGGGUGGUCAUGUCAACAUCAACAGCAGCAGUCAGCUCAUCCCAGCAGCGGGUGAACCACUGUGCCUUCCCGACAGCCUCCUGCUCUUCCUGUAGCAACACCACCUCCACGGUCCGGUUGCAGCCUGUCCGCUCCACGGUGUCGUACCAGCUUCUGCGUGGAAGUCAGCACAGCCCAACCCGCUCCGUUUCCUCCUCCUCCUCUUCAGUAGCCGAGAGCGACACAGGACCGACGACGUCCCGUUGCUCCAGUCCCGCCAACCCGGGUGGAAGUGGCUCGGAGGGCAGGCUCGUUCCCAGGAAGAGGCUUUCACCGUCGCACAGCAGGAGCUCAACAGAUCGCUCUUUCCAUCCGUCUGUUUCCAAAGUUGAAAGGACAAAGUCACAGCAGGUGCAGAGUUUGGGGGCCAUUUGGCGGGCUUCCUCUUUGGGCGCUAUCACUGGACCCUACCUCUUUGGACAGUGGCCUUGUGACCUCCAUGUGCACUGCUCAUCUUGUUUGAAAGAUAAAUCUACACAGACUCCUGGAUGUUGGAGUGACGAAACAAGAGAGAGGAGGAGCACCCAUCAACGCUCUGCAUCGUGGAGCAGUGCUGACCACCUCAGAGAGCAGAUUGCAAAGCUCCGGCAGCAGCUCCAACGGAGUAAACAAGGAGGACGUUACAGUAAAGACAGGGGCAGACCCUCCCUGCUUCAGUACAACACCAUCACCCACAUAGCCCUGACCAGCACCACCAACCACACUUCCACUACAGUCAGCCACAUUAAGUUUUCCAUGUCGAAGUCGGCCCAGAUGCCGCUGUCCAACAUCACAGUGCCAAAGCCAUCCAUCUCCAGGGUGCCUAGCAGCAUGGAAGGCAUCAACCAUGAGUUGGAAAAGGUUUUCAUCAAAGAUAAUGGAGAGAAGGAAGAGCUAAAGUCCUUGGAGGUUCCUGAUGGGCGACGGGCACCCUUCCCUCCCCAGCAACGCAGCAGCAGCACCCGCAGCGUGGAUACGCAAACUCCCUCAGCUCCCGGACGGUCCAGCAGCUGCUCCAGCCUAUCGCCAUGCCCCUCACCAGCCUGCCCACCAGGAUCACAUGACGGCAGUCCGUAUUCCACAGAGGAUCUACUGUACGACCGGGAUAAAGACAGUGGAAGUAGUUCACCACUUCCAAAGUUUGCCUCCUCACCCAAACCCAACAACAGCUACAUGUUCAAGCGAGAACCACCAGAGGGCUGUGAGAAGAUUAAAGCUUUUGAGGAGAUGAGCUCCAGGCAGUCCAUAUCGACAUCAGUCCCCCUCUUUUCCUGCCCCGACAAAAACAAGGUCAACUUCAUCCCGACAGGCUCUGCAUUUUGCCCCGUCAAACUCCCCGGCUCUUUGCACCCCACCACAGCCUCAGAGCCUGAGGAGGAUGAGGACAACGCGGAGGCAGGCUCCAGCUCAGAGCCUCAGGGGGUCACCUCGUUCUACCGGGCCCCCACUCAGGUCUCCACGAGCACCAGCACAGAUGACCCCCCAGAGGAAUCAGAUUCACCAUCAGAGACUGCAGAGCCCCAGACAGACAGUCCAGCCAUCAGCUAGACUUAAGCAGGGAUGGCCUCUGGCUCUCUAAUCAACGCUAGCGACCACCAACCACCACCACUGACUGUCCCACCAACACCUCCGUCUGCUCUGUCAGGGGAGCCUCCGUCUCUCUGUGCUGACCCCUCCACCCCCCUUCUAUCUCUGCAUGACGACGCAACAAUGUCCCAAAUAUCCACCACCGCCACCACAAAGACUCGCCACCUUAAUGUACUGUCCUAAAUAAUGUCUGAGCUUUAGUUGGCAGGAAAGGACCUGAUGGUUAAAGGUAUUAUAUGCAGGCAUCAGAGGGAAGAAUGGAGCGCUACUACGGAUGGGGGGAGGGGCAUGCAUUUUAAACUCGUAGUAUAUUUCUGAUUAAAUUAUGUGUUCUCUGUUUCAGCAUUCACAGUAUGAAUAAGCUCUCUAAACACACACACACACACACACACAUAUAUACACACAUAUAUAUAUAUAUUUUUCUUUUGUUUUUUUUAAACACAUAUGGUUCUAUGAAAAGACAGAGAAAUGCUUGUUUUUAAAAAAAAUCCAAAACUGUGUAUUUGCUGUGUGAAGUACUGAACAGGAAAAACAGCUGUAAUAUUCAGGAUUAUGUUUACACUAUCCAGGUCACAUUGUUAAACCCUGUCUCAAAGAAAUGCAAUGAGAAAACAAUUUGGGCAAAGAGAAAAACAAAAGACAAAAUGACUACAAUCCGUUGCACACUCUCUGCAUCUGGCCUCGCUUCAGGUAUUUAACAAUCAGAGUCUAUACUCAGGUAAUUUGGAAUGUAUGUCCAUACGAAAUAUCUGCAGCUUCACAAAGCAGAACUGAGUCAUUUAUUCCUGUUUUUUUUUCCACAUUUCCAGACAAAUCAUUCUUACAAUCUUACUCUUACAAAUUCCAGUCUGGGACUUGAAUGGUAAUAGUGGCUGCAAAAGGUAAAGAGUUGGAAUAGUUGCUACCAUCUUCUUCUGCUGGUGGUGGGAUAAUGUACAAGCCACACGUACUAUGACUGAUAGCAUUUGCAGAUGUGUGAAAUACUGAUGGAAGCAUGCUGGACAGACUUGGAUGACAUACAUGGGUUGUCUGUUAUUUAAGCUUGAUAUAAUGAUUAACUCCUGAGCCUGCUGACAGUGGACCAGUUAUGAUUGAGUCUGCAGUAGCAUCACAUGAAGGUAAAAUCGAAUGGUACAGACUGGAGGUGUAGUUGUACAAAAAUUGGUUUGUUAUUUUGUUAUGCGUUUUUGUUUGAUGUUAUCAAGACUAAAGCCCAACUGAAACUGAAUUUGUAAGACCGAUGUCAGCAUUUAAAACACACACAGCUUCUGGGAGCUCACACAUUUUUCCCUCAGAAAUACUGUUUUGUGCAACUCAUUGUUUCCCCAGAUCUCUUCAACGUUAACAUUAGUGAACAAGUGAAAAGCAUAAGUAACACCAAUACAGAAUACAGUCAGAAAAUCGACUCUGGAAUGUCAUUUGUACAGCAUCAUAUAUCUAAAACUUGCUAAAUUGCUAACAAGCUACCGGUCAUACCAAACUGUAUAUUGAAUUAAAAUUGGAGUCGACAGUAUUUUUAUUUGGCAUCACUGAGUAAAAAUCCCAUGCUAACCUUUCAGCAUGUUGUAAUUUAAGUGAUAGGAAACUAGACUUCUCCACCUCCUCCUGGCUGUGUUUUCAGGCUUUAGAAAAUUUAUCCUGUGGCAGGAGAAUUUAGCUUUCCGCAGAUCAUGUCACCUACAGCUAGGAAAUACUAUAAAGAGCACCAAAUUCUGUGGUACAAAUAGGCUACAGUGGGACAGUGGAUUAAAUAGAGGACUUGACUAUCUUUACACAUUUGGAAUGAAUCCUCAUUUAGUGAAAGGUAGGAGGGGCUCAGGACAGAGAAGAUUCUAAUUGUGGCUUCUUCUUUUGCCUUUUCCAGAUUGCUGCUUGUACCACCUUUACACCUUUACAUUCUAGUGUGUUUUGCUUAUAAAGUCCAAGUUUAAAUUGCAAGAGGAAAAAUGUUUGAUUUCCUCUUUUAUUCAGCUCUCUUGUCAUGAUAUGGUCAGGUAAUUGGAUGUCCUCAGGUGGUAACUGUUCAACACGGCUUGCGUAGUUUCUUUAAUUUUGAGACCGUAAAGAAAGCAACAAAAGCCUGCAGACAGAAAUAUCAAGGCACUGCCUCCUGGUGUGUACACUGAAAUCAGAUUUGUGACAAGUUAUUACAGUUGGAAUGUGUACAUUUGUACAUGUUUGUCAUAACCCUACAAGGCAUUGUUUGAGCUCUAAGAUGGCAAAUUUAAAAAAACAAAAAACAAAUAUGCACCAGUCAUGUUUUUAUGACCAAAACCAGCAGGGCUGGGUAUUGUUGGAAAUAUUUCAAUAGUAGUGCUGAUGAGAAUGCUGAGUUUCAGUACUAGCAGCAGUAUGAAAACAGUAGUUUUUGGAUGCCUUACUUUAUGGGAGAUAGUUGUUGUUUUUUUAUUUCUACAAAAAACAUGUUCGAAUGAAAUGUAUAAACACAAGAAGCUGUAAGAUAGAUCAAAUCCAGCCAAAUCAUAGCUCUAAUUGGCAAAAUGAUGAUUUGAAGCUGCGUUAAUCAGUGUUUUUGCAUUAACAAUGACACAGCAUCAACUCUGCAGUGCAUCUUUGUGCGUUACUUUUAAAAUUUUCUUAGCUUUUUUCCAUCAAAAUAGUACAGAUGCACCCCCUGCCCACCUGUAACUACUAAUCAACAGCAAAUCGACACAGUUAGUACUAUCUGGUAAAGAGACAGACAUUUUUCUAAGGACUUAGAGACCAAAGUAACUAUUGGAUUGACACAAACACCACUCUAAACAAAGCAUGCCUGCUAAAUGUUUUAAUUGGAGAACUGAGUGCUGACACAUUAGCACAUAUUCAGUGAUAAUUUGUCAAUGUUGUGGUUUCAGGUUGUUUAGCUGCCUCUCGGGAGCCAAAAGCAAAUUACUGAAAGCAGAUGGAAAUCAAAAACUAAUCAAAUAAGUAGGGAAGUUACAAAUCUGAGUGAAUAUUUACCUCGAGCUUUCAGUAAUUUGGUUCUGCAUAGUCAGUGCUACAUACACAUUCCUGUCAUUACUAAAAAAAAGUAUUGAGUUUUGAUGCCCAGCCCUGGGCUGUCUUGGGUGUAGUUACAUAGUCCAUACAAAACAAAUGUUUGUACAUCUUUUACCUCCAGUCUGCAUCCAGGUUGAUAUCCAAACUUAGACUGUUCUAAUAUUCCAGAAAAUUGCAAUUCCGUUAAAUGCAUUCCAUGAUAUUUUAGCAUCCAACACAUAAAUAGACUAAUGACAAUUUGUUCCUAAUGUAUCUCUUGGCCUUUUGACGUGAUCGCUGUAGGAGACUACCUACAGUACUAAGAGAGGUUUAAUUGCAGUUGUACGUUCAUCUGUUUGAUCCACAGAUAAAAGGAUUGUGCUGGAAUGCCUCACUCUCACUGUCGAUCUGUUAUUAGGCAGUGUUGUAAAGACCCUGAUGCUUCCACCAAGCCACUAAACCUUCUUAGCAACUUAUGUAUUCUGUGCAAAGCACUACUCUCUAGGCUGUUAAAACAGACAUCACCAUGCAGAAGUGUAAAUGACCCUUACAUUUUCUUUUGCAAGAGUAAAACAUAAUCCACAUUUAUUUUUUAAUAUCUGGUGUGCUUGUGGAAUCCCUGCAUUGAUGAUCCAUUCAUAUUUAGUACAUGUGUGGCUUUUAAAGAGGUUCAGUGCAAUGUUGUGGUUUCUAAAGAUAUUUCAGCACCUUACAAAGAGCUAUAGCCUUCCCAAUGUCCCAUAUAUACUUGGCAUUGGUAAACUAGAUGUGUGCAAUAAUAGGGGAAAAAAACAAAAAGGUGUUGUCCUUCUGGAUGAUGUUCUUUGACACAAGCGUCUCAUCUUGCAUUCCUUUGGUUUUGAGUAUGGAGGCUGGAUCAGCAAUGUAGUUUGUUGCGAAAGUCAUUAACCAAUACAAAACCAGCACUGAGAGUGACCAGAGCACAUUACUGGCAGGUCAGAGUGUUCAUCAACGCACUACAUGAUACUCCUUGUGUAACCUGCAAUGUCAAAGUUCAUGCACAAUGGCAAUAAAAAAAUCUUGGUUGUUUUGUCCA